UUGUCCCGAAGAGGCUGCCGUUUGUAAGCCGGACAGCUGCGGUGAACAUGGUGACUGUGAGACCGUGAAUGACACUCAUAUCGCUUGCUCGUGUCGAGAUUAUUACGAUGGACCGAAUUGCGAAUUCUUCAAAUUCUCGUCGACUGAUCAAAAGGAUUUACAACUCGAAACAAUUCAUAAAGAAGUCAAAAUAUCCGUCCAAAUCCAUGGGAAAGGGGCGAAAUCCGUCGCGGUCAAACCGUAUAAAAACGGUCGGCAGUCACUGCUGGAUCGUAUUC